AUGUCCUCCGCGCCCUCGUCCAGCGCCGACCCCAAGGCCUCGCCCGCCGACCAGCAUGAGAUGAAGGACAUGUCGCAUCCCCAGCCCUCGCUCCCGAUCGAGGAGGAUGUCAUGCAGCUGGCACGUCUCGGCGAGAUUGGCGCCAUCCAGAAGCUCUUUGACUCGGGCAAAUGCGAUGCCACCUACCGCGACGAACAGGACAUCACGCCGCUCCAUUGGGCUGCCAUCAACAACCACUACGCUCUCUGCCACUUCCUCCUCAACUCGGGCGCCGACGUAAACGCACGAGGCGGGGAUGCCGUAGCCACCCCCGUCCUGUGGGCCGCCAAACGCUGCAACUACUACAUCGUGGCCCUGCUCCUCUCGCGCGGCGCCGACCCGUUGCUCACCGACGACCAAGGCUUCAACCUCCUCCACAGUGCGACCCUAGACGGUAAUGUCUUCCAGUUGGUGUUGCUGCUGCACCAGGACCUCCCCAUCGACAUCCCAGACGCUCAGGGCCACACCGCGCUCAUGUGGGCCGCAUACAAAGGCUUCCCCGCUGUUGUCGAGGUUCUCCUGCGCUGGGGCGCAAACGUGUACGCGCGCGACGACCAAGGCUUCACGGCACUACACUGGGCGUUGGUGAAGGGUAGCGUGGGCUGCAUCCAGAAGCUCAUCGAGUACGGGUCGGACCGCUUUGUCGAGAAUAACGACGGCAAGACGCCUGCUAUCACCGCCCAGGACAUGAACACCGGUCGCCAAUGGCACAAGGCCCUUUCUGACUCAGGCUACAACCCCGACGGCACCCCCAAGUACUUUCCGCUGCAGAGCUUCGUCAAGGACCGGAGAGGCUUUCUCAACAAGUUCUUCUUCUUGUGGCCCUUCCUCAUGCUCAUAUGCGUGCUAUAUAUCCUGAGCCAUAUGGUUAUCUACAUCGCUAUCCCCUUAGCUCUUGGAGUCUCGUAUAUCCUGCAGUGGGUCGCGCAGCAGUUGUUGAGAUGGGCACCAGGUGACAUGAAGACCGUACACAAAACACCCUUUCUAUCUGGCGUUUUUGCUGGCACUCUGUUUUGGGCUGGAGUUCGUUACAUUACACACGUUCUACCCUGGACAUUUAAAACCGCCCCCUUCACGAACCUCUGUUUCAUGGUCUUCUACUCCUUGACGGCAUAUUUUUACUUCUUAACGAUGAUUUCAGACCCCGGAUACAUCCCCAAAUCGAGCUCACGGGCUCAACAGAAAGCCGUAAUCGAUGAGCUGCUGGAGGCCCGCAAAUUCGACGAGGCCAACUUCUGCGUGCAUUGCAUGGUCCGUCGUCCACUAAGGAGCAAACACUGCAAACGCUGCAACCGUUGUGUUGCCAAGGAAGAUCACCAUUGCCCCUGGGUCGACAACUGCGUUGCCAACAACAACCACCGCCACUUUGUCAUGUACAUCACCUGCCUAGAGUUUGGAAUCCUCUCACUCGUCCGCUUGGUGCUGGAGUACCUAACAGUGCUGCCGCCACCAACCGAAACGCCCGAGUGCAACGUCCUCGACCCCGAGCUAUGCUCCACCCUCCACAAGGACCCGUUCACCAUCAUCCUCGCCAUCUGGGCCUGUCUCCAAUUGGUCUGGGUCACGAUGCUCCUCGUCGUCCAACUCCUCCAGGUCGCCCGCGCCCAAACCACCUUCGAAGCCAUGCGCCACAACCACGGCCACGGCCCGCCGGACCCGCUCACCUCGUUCAUCACGACGGGCAGCACCUCCGCCGUCGGCGGCCAAGUCGACGCCGCGGGUGCCGGUCCCGCCGGCAGCAGCGCCGGCGGCCCUGGCGGCCCGCGCGGACACCACAAGGCCGGCUGCCUCGAGCAGUGGAAGCGCAUGCUCGGCAUCGACACCUUCAUCGCCACGGCGCUGCACGGCUCCAACGCCCAGGCCGUCCUCGCCCAGCGCCGCGAGAACCCCUUCACCCGCGGCUGCGUCGCCAACUGCCGCGACUUUUGGUGCGACCCGGCGCCCAUGUUCAGGAAGCGCGAGAACGGCGAGGCGGUGCUCGGCGGCGACCGCGUCAACUGGACCAGGGUGUACGAGCCGCCGCCGAAGAUGAAGGCGAGGAGGGGCGGUGGUGGUGGCGGAGACGAUCAGGGUGGGAGGUAUGAGAGCGUUGCGGCUGAGGAGGAGGAGGUGUGA